UUUUUGUAGAAUUUUAUAACAGUGAGGCGUAAAUCUGUUAUCAUCCAGAAGAUGGAAGCAACGCAACCAAAAGGCCACCAGCUGCUGUUAAACCCGCAGAAGAAGACCGGCUCAUGUCCUAGCUAUUGAUGCAUGUGUACAGUUGUGUACCCAUACCACCAUGGAGGGUUUGAGGGUCCUAGAGCUGUACAGUGGUAUAGGAGGGAUGCAUUUCGCCUUAAAGGAAAGUGGCACACCUGCCCAGGUGGUGGCAGCCAUCGACAUAAACACCACAGCCAAUCAAAUCUACAAGCACAAUUUCCCAGACACCCCCGUCUGGAACAAAACCAUUGAGGGCAUAACGUUAGACGACUUCAAUAAGUUAUCUGUUGAUAUGAUCAUGAUGAGCCCUCCCUGCCAGCCUUUUACCAGGUUGGGGCUUCAGGGGGAUAUUGCUGACCCCAGAACAAAAAGCUUCCUCUACAUUCUGGAUCUUCUGCCAAGGCUUCACAAACAGCCUCAGUUCAUCCUGCUGGAGAACGUGAAAGGGUUUGAGAGUUCCUCUGCCAGGGAGCGUUUGGUGCAAACACUGAUGGGCUGUGGAUACAUUUUCCAGGAAUUCAUGAUCUCACCAACAACUGUUGGAAUUCCAAAUUCAAGGCUGCGUUAUUUCCUGAUUGCUAAGAUUUCUGCAGAGAACGUCAGCAUCCAGACAAAGUCAAAGGUUUUCAGUGCUGCUCCACAUCCUGCUCAGAGUGAAGUCCCCUCAGACUUGAGUCCCCCUCGUCCAAAUCCGGACCAGCCUGUGGAGAAAACCCACGGUGGUCAGGUGUUGUUUAAACUCGAGUCGUUAGUGGAGGUUCAGAGGAAGGUCUCUCAGAACAAUGAUCUGUCUGUCAGACAGUUACAAGACUUUUUGGAGCCCCUGACAGAAGAAAACCUGAAGCACUACCUCCUUGCUCCUAAAACGUUGUUACGAUAUGGACUUAUUCUAGACAUCGUUCAGCCUGAAUGCAGGAGAUCUGUCUGCUUUACCAAAGGCUAUGGAAGGUAUGUGGAGGGAACUGGCUCUGUGCUGCAGUGCUGCAGGGAAACAGAGAUUGAGAGUGUGUUUACAGGUCUGGACCAGCUGUCAGAAAAGGACAAACUUGAGCAGCUGUUGAAAUUAAAGCUACGCUAUUUUACUCCCAGGGAAGUAGCCAACCUCAUGGGCUUCCCUCCCAUUUUUUCUUUUCCAAAGAGCAUCUCCACAGCUCAGCAGUACAAAGUUUUAGGAAACAGCCUUAAUGUUGUUGUGGUGGCCCGACUUCUCCAGCUGCUGCUCUCUGAACAUUUUGGCUGUUCUGAUGGAGGAGAAGAAUUAUCUGUUUUCUGAAGGUCCUCUCAGUGGGUGCUGUCUGUCCACUGCCUCUUGAAGAUGUUCACUUUUCAAAUUUAGGGCAAAAAUCCUCAUUAUGAACAUUAUUUAUUUCCAUAAUUUACACAAGGUGAUUUUUAUUCAUCAAAAACUACUACUUACAAAAAACAGCAACAACUUUUUACCUCUUCUAAGAGUUUUCAAAGUGUCCUCCAGGGCCAGGGGGUUCAGGUUCAGAUCUGGGAGGCUGUUAGYGUAAAGGAGAACACAAUUACUGGUCUGUAUAUUAUUUUUGUAAAUAAGCAUUUUAUAACAUGUACAUUUAAAAAAAAUAAUAAAAUCUCUAGUAAGUUUCA